AUGGAGUAUCCCUACAAUAGCUCCGACCUAGACUCCGUCCUCAAAACACUAUCGGGUCUAGCGUCGCAGCAACAAUCAUCCCAGAGUACAUCAACACCUCCAAGUCGAUCAGAAACACCCCAGCAAAGGCCACAACGACCAAAAGAAGUCCAAGCCCCUCCACGCCCACCUUCCAAUCCACCCAAACCAUCCACCUCAACUACAGACGCAUCAAGCAUCACUACCUGGCCCGCCGCACUUCGCCAUGUGAUGCGAAUAGUCGGCCAAAAUGAAGAAACUCAGCUCCGUAUCCGCGGCCUCAUCCACAGCCAACAUAGCCACGAACGGCAGUGGUGGAAGAGCCGCGAGGCAUUAGUAUUAAGGCAACAAUCCCGGGGAGAAGAAGAAAGAGCUCGACGCAGUAUUACGAUCUAUCGGAGCACCCAUCGAUCAAAAAGAGAUAUCGCCCAAGACGACAAAGCAGAAUUGGAUACCUACGAUGCAAAAGUCUACAAAGUGUCGGCGAAAAUGGCUACUGCACUCAUGUCAGAACUGCGAGGCUUGGAUAUUCCUUUCUUUGCCCUGAAGCAGAGUCUUGUCGUAGAUUCGGAUCGUCCCUCUGAAGUUAAUGGUUUGGAUUCUGGGAAAGUAACUAAAGCCGAGCUCCUUGAGCUGCAACGACGGAUGCUGGGUUUACUUGAGGAUUUAUGUAAAGAGUAG